UCGCUGUCGCCCAAGCCUUUGGAUCCGAGCAUCACAAAUUCUGGGGACGUCAAUGACAAACACUCGACCUCAAAACUUGACCAGAGUCUCGAAGCCAUCAAACAUCGAGGUCCCGAUGCUCGCGACACAUGGACAAGCAAGGACGGGAGAGUUGGUGCGAAGACUACAAGGAUAUAUCUGAUGCAGUGCUUGUCGGCUAACAACUUCACACANGCUCUUGGCCACGUCCGCCUCGCCAUCAACGACCUGAGUCCCGACGGAGAACAACCCUUCCACUCAUCAGAUAAUCAUGUGCACGCUGUUGUCAAUGGAGAACUCUACGACGCCGACACGAUUCGUCAACGACUUGUCAAAGAAACAGGUGUGACCUUCAAAGGCAAGAGUGACUGCGAGAUUGUCAUUGCUCUAUACCAGACUUAUGGAACAUCUUUCUUGCGACACUUGCGCGGCGAAUUUGCCCUAUGCUUGUAUGAUUCAAGGACAAAAUUCUUCAUCGCUGCGCGUGACCGAUAUGGAAUCAAGCCGUUGUUCUUUACACAGAUUGACGGCAACCUCCAUGUCGCAGCAGAGAUGAAAGCCUUUUGUCCAUUUGGCUGGAGUCCAGAGUGGGACGUGAGAAGUAUUCUCGACCGCAAGUGGUUGUUCGGCCAACGAACCGCACUCGACAAGAUCCACAAGGUGAAACCUGGUUCCUACUUCACUUGCGAUGCAACUGGAUCCAUUGAGCACAACAGCUAUUGGGAUCUUGAGUAUCCUGACAAGGUUGGUCUAAGUCAAACAAGCGUUGAAUCGUCUCUGACAUUUGCANNGUACGCUGUUGAGAAACGAACCGAGCAAGAACUAAUCCUGGGCGUGCGGGAGCGGUUACUGGACGCUGUGCGUAUUCGACUUCAGGCCGACGUACCUGUUGGUGUUUUCCUCAGUGGUGGCAUCGACUCGUCUGUUAUCGCAGGAAUGGUGACCCAUUUGGUCAAGACAGAAGGAGUCAAGCUCGGUAGCAACGAGGGUAUGGGCAACAUCCAUUGCUAUACCGUCGGUUUCGAUGAAGAUAGCGGCUUUGAUGAGUCUNNGAUUGCAAGAAGAACAGCGCAAUUCCUAGGCGUCAACUACCAUAAGACACACAUGUCAGAGCAGGUCUUGGCCGACAACUUCGAAGAAGCCACUUGGCACAACGAGCAUACCAUGUCCGAUCUCAACUAUAUCGGCAAAUUUGUUCUCUCCCGCGCGCCUCGGGAGCAUGGAGUCAAGGUGGUUUUGACAGGUGAAGGCGCCGAUGAACACUUCGGAGGCUAUCCAACCUUCCAGCCCGACUAUCUUGGAGAGUUCGACCACUCUUGGCCAGAAUACAAUCUCACCGAGGCCGAACGUCAAGCCAUCUGGAACGACCCAAAACACCACCCAAGCCAUUUUUUCAAGAUCAAGGAUGCAGCUGCAGAUGGCGACAGAUCAAAACUGGUUAGCCCUGCAAACACACAGCUCAACAACAUCAGUACCCUUGAGUCUAUCGGCGCAACAUUUCCCAAUGUGUUCAACAACUGGACUUCGGAGCUCGGUGAAUACUCGAUCAAGGACAGCAUCGCGAGCAACGUAGAUGGUCGCGUGAAAGGUCUUAUGACCGACAAGUGGCAUCCCCUGCACACAGCGCAGUAUAUUUGGACCAAAGGAAUCUUGGCCAACGCAAUCCUUACUUCUCUGGCCGAUCGCGCGGAGAUGGCACACAGUCUCGAGGCAAGACCGCCCUUCUUGGAUCACCCUUUGACCGAAUACGUCAACCAGAUCCCACCCAGUCUGAAGAUUCGUUGGGAUCCAGUUGAGCAACGAGCGACCGAGAAGUGGAUCCUUCGCGAGGCUUGUAAGCCCUUUAUCACGCAAGAGAUCUACGAGCGCAAGAAGCAUGUGUACUCCGCUCCACCAGCAUGGCCUGUCGAUGGACCUUUGCAUAAGUUGAUGAAGCGAUUGGUCACUCGCGAGAAUAUUGAGCAGCUGGGCUUCGUGCAGUGGGACAAGGUCAAAGGUAUUGUACCAAAGGCUUUUGAAAACCGCGAUGAAUCGUGCUUCAGACUUUCUUGGAUCCUGGCACAAUGGGUCGUUCUCGGGCAGAAAUUUGGGGUUCAGAAAGCGCAGCCUUCCGUA